ACACUCAGACACAGCCUGUAUAUAUGAUACACACGACUCCGUUACACUCAGACACAGCCUGUAUAUAUCAUACACAUUCCCCCGUUACAAUCAGACACAGCCUGUAUAUAUCAUACACACGACUCCGUUACACUCAGACACAGCCUGUAUAUAUCACACACACGACUCCGUUAAACUCAGACAUAGCCGGUAUAUCGUGUCCGCCUCCCAGCCCAUGUUCCGUGUGGAAAGUCAGUAUAUACACUCGUCACAUAGAGUAUCUCUUCCGUGUGCGGAGUUUCGGAAACAACGAAAGGAUAUCACAAUGACAUCAUGUACACAAGCAUAGCACUCGUGUCUGUCCACAUCCGGUUUAUGAAUAUUAUAUAUGACACGUAAUUACCAAAGUUAGACGACAAUCACGAAAGUGAAUCCAGCUGAUUUGUGGGUCACAGCUUUCCUGUCUACAGCCAAGUAUAACAAGCUUCUAAAACACAAGGUUGGCUACCAGACAUGACCUCGAACAGAAGACAAAUGACACAAGCUGACACAAGUUACCAUUACAUCUUUAUAUGGAUGCCUCUUGGAACCAGUCAGGUCGGUCACGCAUCUCUAUAUCUAAGCAAUCGCCAGUAUGUCAGUUGGUGGCCUCAAGAAGAGAAAGCAAAAUGUGGGAUUAAUAUGAAAGAAAGUAAUUGCAAAAAUAACCUUCAGGAGGACGUUGAAGAAGAGGGCAUGGAUCCUGACUAUAGAUUUAUGAUACCGUCCACAACAUUAAACCUGGCUAAAAUGAUGACGUAUUGGAACAAGCAAAAGAGCACGGGUCACUAUUCCUUACUGGAUCAAAACUGUUGCUGGGUUCUGUACCAAGUUCUACAUGCAGGAGGAGCUCCAAAGAGCCUUACCCUUCUUUGGCGACCAGAAACUUUGCGGAGGUAUUUGGUCAUUUAUCUGGGCGGUGGAUCAAGGUUUACGUCAAUGCUCAACAUGUCAGGCUGGGAUUCCCCUUUCAAAGAGAAAAUCACACUGUAUACAUGGAAAGCUAGGGGUGGAACAGGAAUUCACCAUGCACUUUUACUUGAUAACUCAGUGUAUGUAAGCUGGUGGCCCCGUACCUCACAGGCAGCAGGGCAUGCUGCAAACAACUUGAUGGAAGAUCGGACAAAGAUGGACAGAGUGGAGGAUGAGACAUAUAUCUUUCCUGACAAUGAGUUGGAGUACCAUCUCAUGAGGAGACGUUGGAAGCAAAUGACAGAAUCAUCUGAAUUGUGGGGAGCUAGAUCGGACUGGGUCAUACAAGAAGUUCUGAUUGCAGGUGGUGCUUCUAAUUUCCAAAUAGUUGAAAUAACGUUUGCACACAGAAUGUUUGAAAGAGAAUGAUGACAGGGAAUAACUGAAAUGUUUCUCGGAUGAAGUGACAUAAACAAUUCUAACUUCUUUGUGAGGCAUUCAGAAGUUGGAGUAUUUAGUAAGGAUGAACAACUUCUUUAAUACACAUAGGAGCCACGUUUCGGUGUAGGUUCUAACACCGUUAACAAGAAAGUAUGGAUGACAAGCAUAUAUACAUGUGAAGGUAGAGUGUAUACAGUUGAAUGGAUUGGGGUGUGGUUACGGUGGAAUGGAGAAGCCUGUUAUGUACACAAGCGGGUAAAAAACACGCCAAUAACUUGGGUGAGUGAGUGAGUGAGUUCGGUUUAACGCCGCUUUUAACAGUAUUCCAGUUAAAUCGCGGCGUGUCAGCUUAAUUUUUGGAGGAAAGCCCGAAGUGA